ACAUGACAUAUAUGUCAUUUAGUUUUAAUAAUGUCAUUAUUUAUCUCUUUAGUCUAUUUUUUAUUUGAUAUACCCUUGAAAUAUUAUUCUUUUAAUUAAAUUCGCCAAAAUAGUUAUUUUAAAAUAAUAACUAGAUUUUUAAUAAACUUAUAAUUUAUUACAUAGAAUUAUGUCUGAUGAAUAUGCUGCUGUGAAAAGGGGGAAACUUAUUCUUAAAGGAGACAAGCCGAAGGCAAAGAAACGGAAACAUAAGAAAGCAGAGAAAUCUGAAGACUCCAAAGUUGAUGAGGACUGCGUCAGACAUGGAGGGUGGUGGAAAGCUGCCAAAAUAGAAGAUGUCACAGGAUCCAUAUCUAUUGAAUUUGGGAAUAACACAUACAUAUCAGCUUUGGAUAAUGGCUUAUUUACUAUUGGAGCCCCUCACGGGGAUGGAGAGGGGCCGUCACCAGAAGAAAUAUUUACAGCGUUCCCGGCUGGUGAAAACAAGUUUGCACUGAAGUCUGGGUAUGGGAAAUAUUUGGGGGUAUCCAAAGAUGGAGUAGUUAUAGGCAGAUCUGAUGCUGUUGGACCAAUGGAGCAAUGGGAACCUGUUUGGCAGGAUGGUAAAACAGCGAUCCUUAGUUCUUUAAACAAAUUCAUGUCGGUGAAUAGUGAAGACUCAGUGGUGGCGGAGAAUUCUAUGGCUGGCGAGCAAGAAUUCUGCAGUAUACGCAGCAAUAAGAGCAGGGAAGUGAAUAAGGUGGUCAUCCCUGAGGAGGAGCAGGGUGAUCUGGCUGAAGUCGAAGUUAAUUAUGUAAAGAAAUUUCAAAAAUUCCAAGACAAGAAACUUCGUGUUAACGACGGCAGCGUGUCGGAGCUGAAGCGAGCCAAGCUGGACGGGAACCUGCACGAGACGCUCCUCGAUAGAAGAAGCAAAAUGAAAGCCGACCGCUAUUGUAAAUAAUAUAGACACUUUUAGUAUUAUAUUUUUAAUUGUAAUUACUAAUUAUUAAAUGUAU